AUGGAAAUCUACACUCAAAUAUGUCUUUUCCGAGAUCUCUUUGUGUCUCUCCACAAAAACUCAUCAUCCUCUUGGUCACUAAUACUUGCAAAAAUUUGGCCUAAAGAGUUUAUAGGGUUAUAUGGAUGUGAGACAUGGGAUCUUCCAAAGUCUCCAGCUUCUUAUAUCUCAUUCCCUUCUCCAGCUUUCCCGGAUCUUGGAACAGGUAAUUUCGCUUUUUCUGCUUCUUCCAAUGGAUUGGUUUUAAUGGAAGGAAGUGGUUAUGGUUGUUAUGUUGGCAAUCCAGUAUUACAACAGUGGGUUGAAAUCCCUUCUUGUCCAUACAAAUCUUUGUGGUUUGGUUUUCUGACUCGUGUGGACGAGGACGGAGUUGUUUUGAGCUUCACAGUGGUUAGGGUAAAUGAUACACCGUUGACUUAUUUUCAUGUGUUCAUGUAUUCGUCUGAGACUGGGAUUUGGACUUCUAAAAGUCUUCACCACCUUAAUUACACCGCCUACUCAUCAUCUCCUAUGAGUCUCAAUGGGAUGCAUUAUUUUUUGUCCCAAUUAGAUGUAGAUGAACCUGAAGAACUUAUAGCUCAUGAUUUUUUUUCUGAAUCCCAUCACUAUCGGGCUAUACAUUUCCCGGAUCGUUUGCAUCACUACAGCCGAGACUUCAAAAGAGCAUUGACUACAUCUCGAGGAUAUCUCAUGUAUAUCAAAACAUUAGCUCGAAAGAGAGACAAUUCUGAUAUCGGCUCUUUUGCGCCGAUGGCAAUGCAUCCAUUUGAUAGUGAUACUGUCUAUAUAUGGGGUCAACAAAACCGCUGUAUGGUAUCAUGUAACUUGAGGACACAAAACUGUAAAAUGCUUGGAGACGCAUCAAAAGGGUACAAUGAUGAUGUUUUCAUGAACCAGUAUAAUUGUCAGGGAAAAAUGGAUAAGAUUUAUGGACAUCAUGAAUCAGGUUACAGAUUUGGAACUGCGGUCGUUUUAUCCCAAUUCGUGCUUCCGCGGUGGAUGGAAUCGAUACCUUGUCCUCCCAAUGUUAAAAUGAUAGAUACAACUUCACUACUUUCUUACAUUACCUUAGUGCAGAAGACAAAGAGGGAAAAGGGCGAAGGCAAAAAAGUAGUUUGGGUUCAAACUGAAUGA